AUGGCUGCAAACUCAAUCACGAGAAAGCGAGCCAAGCAGGCCAAGCAGUGCAGACCUUGGAGUGACUCUGGUGAGGGUGGUGGAGAAACACUGCGAGACAAUUCUACAGGUAUCGUUCUAUCCAUCAGGCCAUACUGGCUUCGAUUGCAUCUUGAUAAACUCACAAUAACCAUUGAUGCGGUCAGAUUAACUACAAUAUUCAACCCUGGUCAGCCAAGAUCGCAGCCCAGGCCUGCCAACGGUCACUCUAACCUGCAUGAGCAUGGCCGCCGUGUCAGGGACCGCUAG